CACUAAAUAUAUAUACAUAUAUAUCGUCAUGAACUUCUACAAGAUUUUCAUCUUCGUUGCCCUUAUCCUGGCCAUUAGCAUGGGUCAAUCCGAAGCUGGUUGGCUUAGAAAAAUUGGCAAGAAAAUUGAACGCAUUGGCCAGCACACUCGAGAUGCCUCCAUUCAGGUCCUGGGAAUCGCUCAACAAGCUGCAAAUGUUGCCGCCACAGCGCGAGGUUGAAAAUUCCAGUAUCCUGCCAUUUUCCUAUUUAUUAUUAGGUUUAAAUUUGCUGCUAAAUAUUCUAGAUGUAAAUGAUUAAUUGAGAUUAAAAAUAAACCCUUUUAUACACAUAUCUUCUAAAAUA